AUGGAUUCGCGUUCGCUUAACCUCGGUGAGCUGUCUUGACGAAAUAUGACGUAAGCACAGAUAUUCCGAAUAACGUUCUACUUACAAGUAUAUAAGUAAGUUAAAUAUUGAUCAUACCAUGCUUCCAGGGUAAGGAGAUACCACACUAACAGCACAGGUACUAGCCAAAAGCCCAUACACGCGUGUUUCGCCGAUAUUCUGCCGCUGCAUAGCGCAACUGCAAGGGGUUCGGCUUGUCAGUGGGUCCCUCACUGAUCCUGACCCCGAGGCCUACAUUUAUGACGGUGGAACUUAAAAGACACCAGGUGGACAGUUUUGUGUGAACGUUCGUCGCAGCAUUUGAAGGCCAUUCCAUAAUCUAGGGUCGAAUAUCUCUAAUUCAUUCUCUUUUUAGAACUCAGCGAAUUCUGGUCUUAUAUAUAACUCUUGUUUGGUUUGAUUUCUAUAUUCCCAGAAAUUUAUUUAGAGCAAAUUAAAGCUAUUCAAGUGUCCCAAGUAUUUCAGUGAAAAAGUCCGAUAUUGUCAAGCAUUCAUUCAGAUUCUUGUCUUAUUUUAGCUAUAAAAUCGGACCAGGAGAGAAACUACUGCUGGCUUCGACAAAUUUUAUCAAGUAAGUUUAGCAAAUCCAAGUACGCCUCGGAGUGCUGCCAGUUUGGAAUUGACGCGAAAGAGCAUGUGCUCUGAGAAUCGUAAUUGAGGUUCUACUUGUGUUAGACACGAGUCAACCGUUUUAAAAUUAUGCCGUAUAAAUAGGCUUUUCCCUGAAUCAUGGUGAACAAAAAAUCCUUUCAUUCUCUUUCACGCGUAGGUCAUUUACAGUGAGAAAUCCGGCUAGGUUGUUCACAUAACUUGACGAAAAAGUUAGUAAUUCAGAAGCAUGUGAAGUAUGAAGGGCCGCCCGCUGGAGAGGGAAGUAAUAUCGGCCUUAGUCACUUACUCUUCCCAACGUUUAACGACACAGGCUUCAAAAGUUCUAGGGUUACCUUAAGACUGCGCCAAAAAUUAGCUGUGAUACAUUCCCUCUUGCCUAACUCGAGCCAGCUUGAGAUUCGGAGCCGCGUAACGACAUUUCCAGGGUUCCGGCUGAUAACUGCACCGGAGCGUUUUCAAAUACAGAUGACGGCAUUUGCAAUGCAAAGCAAAAGUCUUUUCCUAACUUGAUUGUUAAAUUUUCUGGAAUUUCCUGAUUUUUUUUCUAAAGAUUUGUGGAUUGUUGACCUUAUCCUAAGAACUAGUAAUUGGAAGGCCUGCAAAGGCUGAAAAGUAUGACAUUUGGGUUCUGGGCCUUUUCGGUGCGGUCUAGAAUCGUUGUCUCCUUAAACUUUCCUACAAUAAUGCCCAGUGAAUUAUGCCUGGUUUCGGCUCUCAUUGGUCGCCUUCGGUGGGAUUCAUACGUGUGCUACAGUGUCUUUGGAGCCUAAACUUCCAGUUGCCAACUAUAGACUGAAUUACCAGUUGAAGGUUAAUGUAAAGAGUUUAACAGCUACGCGUAAUACCACUCAAAACAAAAAUCAUUGUUUCACUGACGUGGAUUCGAAGUCAUUGGAAUCCAAAACUUGGGAAGAUACUUACUUUUAUACGUCUGACUCUAGAAGUUAAUGAAUGUCAGAUGCCUCACUGCAAAUUAUGGUGUAAAAGGGCACUCCGUCGAUGUCUUUUAGGCGCCCUAGCGUUACACCUGAAAAAUGCUAUUUGGUUUUACAAGCCUUUCAGUCUGAAUCGAAUUGGAAAUAGAUCCAACGUGCCGGAAACCUUAGUUGAGGGCUAAUACUAACCGAUGAAACACACAUUGCUAUUUAUGAUUAUUAACACCCAGAUAAGUUGCUUAGACCGGCUGUUGUGCGCUUGAAUAACAAAGUUUAUAGAAGGCACUGUUUCCAGAGGGAACAAGUGUCCUAAUGGUUGCAGAAGUCCACGGAAUUUUUGUGCACGGCCGGCAGGAGAAGGAAGUGUUUCCAUAUUGGUCAGGCUGAAACAGGCACUUCUGCACGUUUAUCAAAAAAGUUUUCCUCUUUGACGCUACCUUGAGGCACCGUCUCUCCAGCUUCAAAAACAGUUCUCAGUGUCAGAUACUUGGGACAGACGGCGGCCACAAGAAGAAUAACCCGAAGUCUGGAGGGCUAUUCCUAACAUCAAAGGAAUCUCCAAGGCGGUUUCAGGACUGUUACAACCCGCCAGGGUAGGCAUUGCCAAUCAACCCCAGGCAACGAAUCUUCGCCGUUCGAUGCAACCCAAAGACAUAAUGACACCCACUGAAACCUCAGCAGUUGCCUAUCAAAUACAUUGUGACGACGGAGACUGCAUCUACGUUGGGGAACACCGACGGAAAUUGCAGACCCGCCUACAUGAGCACAAACUGGCAACUCGGAGACUAGACCCAAACUCACAGCUUGCGGCUCACAUCGAGGAAACUGGUCACAGUUUUGACUUUCAAGGAGCAGCCGUCUUAGGCAGGAGCACCUCAAAGACAGAACGUCUCACACUUGAGGCUUGGUACUCUGAUGUCAACUCCAUCAACAGGCACCUAGACCUUCCUUCGGCCUAUAAAGUCUUACGUCAUUACAUACGCCGUGACGAAGAGAAGACAGUCAUACGACGCCUAAAACUACCGAGCAAACGCGGCCUGUCGACCAACUCACCCAAAAGGGGAACGCAAACGCAACUAACCCCAAUUGAGGCGGCGACACAAUACAGGAGGCCACCAACACUCACAGGCGACGGCCGGUAGGCCAAAGCAGCGAAAGAAGAGAAAAAAAAUCCAUCACCCCAAGGCCAACUAAUCCGGCUGUCCAUUCAAAAUCCUGAUCGGCUUUUUCACUUGACGCUUUGAUAAUGGAGAGCCGCUUUAGCUCUUCGAAACGUCAGCCCUGCAAGUCCCUCGAUCCGGUGAGCAGUUCAUUUUCCUCAGAUUAUCAACCCGGAUCUCUUACUUUUGCUAACCUGAUACUUGCGACAGUCAGCAGUUACCUCUUACGCGGCACACAGUCCUUAUCAUCGCGUCUAAGUACCCUCUUUGGACUUCAUGUCGUAGCAAAUGCGUGUUCAGUUUCCGUCAACUUGUUGUUUGAGUGGAACACAUCUGUAACAGGGUGAGGUAGGUGGGCCUGUUCUCCCUUGCAUACCAAAAACUAGGACCGGGGAUGUAUUGCAGGCGAUCUGUUGAAGUUUGAAGGCUGAACUUGCAACUAAGACCAUUACAUACUGGCACCCUUUACAGAUCUAGCGUACUUAUGGACGUUCAGAGUCAGAUGAAUGUGGAGAAAGCGGCCUAUGCAGACUGCUGGAUAGAGGUGAUCAUUUUUGUUUUGCAUGAAACUCUGAGUCGAAAGCCCACAAUAUCGGUUGCGUAGCAACUAGUCAUUCCGCAAUGAAGGUGUGUCACAAACGUGGGCGAAUAAAACUGAUAUAGGCGUUUCUGGCCUGUUUCGAAUCGUCAGCAAAACCCGGAAAUCUCGUCUGAACUCAUUAAGGAGUUCCACGUCAGACGUUCCGCUACCUGAUUUACAGGUCCACGGGCUGGUGAUCGAGAGCGAGCAAUACUCCAAGUCGAAUGGGAGUUGCCUUCGGUUUUGCCCUACACUCAUGCCUACGUCACGCCCAGUUGGUUGCAUAACCACGGACAUUAAUUAAUCAAGACGACUAGACAGAGGAUGAAGGUACAACACGAAACGCCCACAUUCCGCCCUGCAGUCUGGUUGGAUUUGUAAUCUUAGCUGUUGCAGAUUACAGCUGACAGAGUUUGACGACGCAGCUCAACUGGUAGAAUGUGAAGUGAAGCGACCAUCUUUGAAAGGAACUCAAAUCUCAGUUGACUCUGCAGAGCUUGAUUAUUAUUCGCUGAUGACGACAAAGAUGCGAAGACUUGAAUCUCCACGGGACCCACCAAUAAAAGUAAUUAUCACAAAUUGAAGAAACUCACGUCAUUUUUGAAAGUAGGCAUGGCAAUGCACCUUAGCGCCUUGGCUCAUGUGAAGUAAUUUUAACAGACACGUGUUUGAAGUAUAGUUUUGGUAUUUUAGAUUUGCCCAAUCGGAAACACUGGAUGCACUUUCUGUGCCACCUUUGUGACGUCGAGCAGGAAGCUGCUCUACAUUACUACCAGGUACGUCGAAAAACUGGUAAUAAAUGGCGGAAAGUUAGUGCAUUGUUAGAGAAUAUAAUUUCCAACCAAUAGCGUUCGCGUUGAUCGCGGCACCCUACUUGAUUAUUCAUGAGAAGAAAAUUGUAGACAUCUAAACAAACUUCCGGGGGGAUCCAAUUUCUACUAAAGCCGGCAAAGUCACACUUUCGAUGUAAAUCGGUGGCAUUUUGUAAGGAUGAAAUUGAACCAAACGUGCAUUCUUUAUAGAACGCGAAUACUGUGCGGUCCCCGGACGACUCCACGGUGGAGUUAAACCCAUUCCGGUUAGACUUACAUGUUCUGCCGAAGGAUGCCGGAGCAACAGGCAAUCAGAAGGUCAUGCAAUGUGCAAUUUCGCGGCCAUAGAGCUUUGCAGACCAUUUCAAUAGAUAGUUACGGAUAUUGAAAACCCAUCAGUGGAUCUUUCCCGUGCGGGCUGGUUCACACAAAGAGCCGUCAGUCAGCAUAGGAAAAUCCAAAUGGAGGGGGCCUGUUCACGUUUGCUGAGUCGUCUGGCCACCAGAGAUUUCGGUUGGACAGAAGUUUUAUAAGACAUUUAAUAUCGCCUGAGUUAAACCGGUUCCCCAGCGCAAAACUGAAGCUUAAGGUUCUGCGUAAUGGACGACGAACUAGCUGAUCUCACAAAGUGCACAUGCAACCGUGCACAUUAACCUCAGUCAUAUUAAUUUUAAUUCAGCUGGGAAAAACUCCACGACCUUGGUGGGAUUCGGACCCACGACAGCAAUGGGAAGGCUUGAAUAUAACCAGCACUCUUGCUACCUGAGCCACGAGGUCCCACCGUGAGCCGUGAAUUUAGUCGCAUUUGAGUCAAGUUAUUCACCUGGUAACGAGAGCGUUGGUUGUACUCAAGCCCUCCCCUUUCAUGAGUUCGAGUCCCACCAAGAUUGCCUAGUUUUUCACAGUUGUGUCAAAAUGGAUUAUUCAAAAUCUGUAAAAACACCUAUUAAUUUGGUCAUAUGGCAUCUGGACGGGUUACAAGUCACCGCACUCUGUAGAAAUUAGAACAGUAAAUUUCGGGACAAACUUUUUGAAAUAAACUUCUUUUUUUCGAAUGCCAGAGUCCACUGGUGGUAUCUGGGUCCGAUCGCGCAGUGUACCGGUUGAUAGGCAAAGUUGCAGUAAAAAGGAUGAUACAGCAAAUCGAACUCAAGAAUUUACUUAUUCGGAAUCGAUGAAAGUACUAUCAUCUAACUGUCUUAGAUUACGACCAGCUGUCUCGAAGGUGUAACUUUCUCCAGGCAGAGCAUCGAGUUUUUAGAAACGCUCAAACAAAAUGGAUGUUGAAUAGGUAAUACAUUCUUCUGCGUGCAAACUAACGUUCGCGUUCACCGACCGCUUAAAUUCAACUGUUUAUGGUCAGUCAGGAUGGAUUCGUCUGCUAAAGUUUUGCGUGUAAGAUCGAUGUUCCCUAGCCUGCGAUCACAUAGGACUUCCGGCUGAGCAAUUUUCCGCCUUGGCGCGACAAAUGGCUAGUAGCACCGUUGUUUCGUUGAUACCCAUCUUAUUGGGGCAACUAAUUUUAAUAUGUAAAGUGUUGAACGUAAGUCACUAUUACGGUAGUCGCGCAGAACUGAGAUUACCAGAGGAGGGGAGGACGUGCCCGAAACAAAUUUCCGUAACUCAAGCCAAUUAUUAGGAGGGGAAGAGUUCCGCCCUACUUAACGAGAGUUCCACCCCCCCCCCCUCUAUUGUACUUGAAGAGCUAGCUCCGCCGGCUUCUGCAUCUUAUCCAGAAUCAUCCGGUUGUCACCGUUCUGCUGACGCGAGGCCUGCGGUCCACUGUCGGGCUGUUUUUGCGCUACCGUCACGUUGAAGCAGCACUGGUGGUCAUGCUGAUGACUAGCAAAAUACUAUUUUCCAGAAUUUCUCUGGCUUCAGUGACUUUUCCACUGGGGUUGGAUUUGUUCUCUCUGGGCGUGAGUGUGAGGCGGAAUUACAUCCUUCUGCCACGGCGUUCUUUAUUCUUCUUAUUGUUGCUGGGUGGAGUUUUGCUCCUCUCGACGACGUUGACCCCGCGAAUGGUCAAACCGACUGCGCAGACCACGGCUCAACGGUCGUCCUAGAAUUAGGUCAGUCCACAGCUUACUGGACAGCGGCCACACAGAGCUGCUGCUGCUGUUGACAAGACGGUUGCCUCUGGGUCCUCAAGCUGAAGAUGUAGAUUUCCAUCGGACAGACUGGGAGGGUGUAAGACGACAACGACGGCGACAGAUGAGAACUUAGUGGAUACUGGAUAAUGCUCUCACCAUCCCCUAGUACCGAUUCGCCAAUCGCUGCGCCAUCGAGCCUGAAGGUAGUACAGAUGAAUGGUCCCUGGUUGCCCAUUCGUCAGAUGUGGAAUCCUGUUUUUGUGAGAGCAAGACUUCGCUGAGAACUAUGUCACUGUCGCCAGUUGCUAGUGUCAGGGGUAGGCCAACAGGCAGGUGCCGUUUUCCAGGAUACUGGACUUCCGUUACUCCUUAAACUUAUACCAUCUAUCCAUCCCGUCCUUUUAAAGGGCGCAGUUGUACGUCACCACUAGGCGUACAACAGACUAACUGAUGAGUCCUUAUGGUUGCAGAGAUGGGGGUAAUGUAGUGCUUAGCACCAUCUCGUGAGCCGCGGAAAGAGCUUCUUCCGCCAGAAGUGUCCCUAUUGCAUUCAGAGACUACCAGACUGGACAUACCAGCGGGAACUCUCACUCCCUAGGCCUACUCUGUUUUCAGGCAAGUCUGCACGAAGUUGAGGAGAGUGCACGCAGAAUAUCCACCAUCUACCGUCUCCUGCAUCGUCUUCGUUCCGCCAACAGGCCUCCCAAGGAUGUUGUCGGGGCAGACAACCAGAUGAACCUCCUCUGGCAGUCGAAUGUCACCUGCGAGAGACUCUGCUAUGAGGUCUGGUUACGCCUACUGGAGCUGACAAUGUUUCUCGAGGGUCACCAGAUGCCACUGGCGCGGUUGCAGGAACUGCCCUGGAGUUUCCUAAAGGCCAGAGUUGGGGAGGACGCUGGCGGGGCUUCUGCUAUGUCCGAGCUACUUCGUUCUGUUCUACAGGGUCCAGAAUGCUCCAGUCUCAAUGAUCGUUUGUCGAAGCGACUUGCUACUGGAGGGGUACGUCAUGUAAGUUUCCCUCUAUCAGCUGAAAGGAUUACUUUAUUUUGACACAACCGUGAAAAACCCGGCGACCAGAGUGGGAUUCGAAACCACAACAGCAAAGGGGAGGCUUUAGUACGGCCGACGCCCUAACUAUCUGAGCUAAGGAACCCGACCGGCAGACGUGAGUUUAAUCACAUUUGAGUCAAUUUACCUGCCCAACCUGCUGCAACGUAUGGAGUCCACCAAAUCUUAUGCAGUAGCCUGACUGCUCACACGAGGUUUCGUAGGUAAUCAAUUCAGAACCCACCAGAUGACUACCAGGCUCACUUGAUUAAAAAGUGUUUGAUAUUACCUCUAACAAGAUUAUACCAAAUUAAAGUCCAUAGUAUCCAGCAGGAACUGAUAAUCCACCGGCAAACAUGAUACUGUAAGCACGCAGACGGUGGUCAGAGUAUCAGCAAUCGGAACAAUUUUAUCGGACUCUGGUUUGACAAAGCUUGUCACUUUCCUGACAUGCACCUUAGAUUCCCAGAGAAAAAACAUCCAAUAGAUAUAUUUUUAGAACUACCUCAGGCAUUAAUCGAAGUCAGAACUUAGCACUCUUAGGCGGGCGGGAAAGAUUAUUUGAUUAAAAUGACGCACAUCUUAGACUGGAUCUCCUAAUAAAGACUUAUAUUGGAAGGGGGAGGGAGGUUUGAUUGAACCGGAACACAGAGGCUCAGCUCAUGAAUUGCAGCAGUUAUCAUCCCUUCCGUUAGGACUUUUAUCUCUAUGACGCAUCAGUCUAAGCAGUCAGUAUUUUCAACAGUAAAUUCCUGUUCAGCCGUCUCAGUGAUCGCCCCUUUUUACUUCGAGGCUAAUUUACCUACUACAUUCACCUCAGUAGUUGACGUUAAAUUAAUUGUUUUGGCGGUUAGUUAAACUUACUGCGAAACCCGAAGGGAAUUAUGUUGUUUUCUAUCUGCUGUUGUAGAAUGCGCCAUUUUCGCUAGUCACUUGUUUUGCUAAAUUGUCCGAAGUGCAGUGUCACAACGCAUGCACUUACUGAAGCCUCUUAUGCCGGUCAUGUCCUAAGUUGGCUCCAAGCACAUAGGUUACGUUUGUGCAUAGGGCAGAAGGCUAUACGUCAGCAAACGACUGCCUAGCCUCACGUCGGAGCUCAAUCCCCUAGUGGUUUCACCGCGCGAUGUCGACCCCCUGUCCAAGCAAGAACACUGAUGACUCUAUUAAACACAUUUCGCGAGAGUCCUCUGCUCCGCCUAAAGCUGUUCAGAUCUCAGCUACAAAAUCCCGGAGCUGAAAGAGGCCCUGAGCGAAGUCAUGGGGACCGUCUAACAUCCCCCGUCUCCAAAGCAGCCUAAAACACCGGCCCAGCUUUAAUCUGCCACGGCUCCCCCAAGGGUCAAAGCACAGGCUAUUCUGGAAGAGUUUUCAGCUUUAGGUGAAAAAUGCAGGGUAAAUCUGCGCCUGCCAAUCUCACCUUUAACAAACUACAAGUUUAUUCGAUGUUUUUUUUCAGAGGGAGCGGCGACGACAGAGAGUACAAUGCGAACACGGAACAAACAUGAGCAACCAGGGGGGAAAUCCUGCGGAGAACGAGGAUGGGCCGUCAGGGCACGAGGGGCGGGCAACUCAAACGAAUUCCUUUGAAAGUAAGCCCCUCUCUCGUCAGUUUUAACUGCCACAGCAUUAAAAACUGUGGAUACCCAAACCCAUUCGCAGGCUUUCUUUCCAAGCUGAUGCUUACUCGCGAUGACACUUGACGAAAGACGAUCUGCAAGUAACUUGAGAUAUUUCCUCCGUCAGGACUUACGAGGGCUAGCAAGGCAAGUCCUCAAGCGACACUCACGGAGAACUAACGCUUUGACGCACGCGCUAAGGAAGAUCGGGAUACGUAUUGUUUAUUUAAUGUAGUAUAUUUGCAUAAAAUUAGGUUAGCUGAUUCUGCGUUUAUAGCAGAAAUUAUGCCUCAGCAGCGGCUUUGGCCAGUUUUCGGUAACAUAAUUUCGUAUGAGAAACAGUCUAAUCCUGGUAAAGAACCCCGCCGGCUGCUCUUUAGAGUAGUAUCUGUCUGGCGUUUCAAUUUGCUAUAAAAGGGCGGGCCCAUUCAUCUUUCCCUCGGAAGGUACGUGGGGCAUUAUAGUUUAGUAAUUAAAAUCUAAGAUUUGAUAGGCCAUCUUCAUCAUGCAUCAUCAAGAUCACAAAAUCGCACGAAGGUUUGCUUUGCUAUCUGCAGUCCAUUGAUGUUAAACAGGCUUACGUCUGCAUGUCCAAAAUUACGUAAAGUGAGUUUUCCCGAAUGGAUGCCGGGAGAACUGGGACUUAAAUGUAGGUGCCUUAAGUGCAUGAUUGUCGAAGUGCUCAAGGAGACUUUUUUUUACUGAAGGUGGAUUUGGGAAUUAGUUUUAGAAUAGUAACUGUGUUGGAACAGCUAGGGAGGCCUCCGUAUAUUCGGCUGUUAAACGCUGCUAGGCUCUUCACCGCCGCAACCACAGUAGGUGGGAUAACUCAUGAAAUCUCAAUCGAAAUUCCAAAAUGCCUUUUCGUUUCGAAAAGAUUAAUUAAGCAGGGUUGUAAAACUGGUCAGCCUGUAAUAUUUCAGUUACCUCAGGAUGCCAGCUUUCGAACGAACUUCCACACUCUGCAAAAAUGACUACUUAAGUAGCAUGAAUUCUUCUCAUUGAUUUUCGAUGCCCCAAACGUCUAAUUAUAUUUCAUGGGAAACAUGCAUAAAAAUAUUCAUUCUCCUGCUCAUUCGGUAGAUAAUUACGUCUUCUUCCAAUUUUAUACUCGAAGAAAGGGUAUAGCUCGGUUUCAAAAAACUGUUCCAACUCCCGAAUAAUUUUGAACCCGCCCUACUGUUACACUUGGAUUCAGGGUUUCCAUGCUACAAGCCGUAUUUUCCGGGAACGGAAAAUCACACAUUUCUCUACGGCAAUUAAGGGGGGGGGGUGUAUAGGGUUCCUAAAUUUAGCAGUGGAUUUGAUCCAUAUUGUUAACUUUACAAACCACAUUGGUAAAUGCCGAGAUAUGACGAUUUAUGAACGUCCACUUCAUGGUAUUUAAAAGUCCCACAAUUAGAAACUUUUUAAAACUCGAAUUAUGUCCCUCCUUCGAGUAUGAAAUUAGAAGAAGACGUAAUUUUCUACCGAAUGAGUAAAAAAUAGAUAUUUUUAUGCAACUUUUCCAUGAAAUAUAAUUAGACUUUUAGGGGCAUCGAAAAUCAAUUAGCAAAAUUCAUGCUACAGAGUGUUACAUGUGCUACAUGUUACAGAGUGUGGUGUUUGCAUGCAGCCAGAAGGAAGUUCAUUUGAAAGUCGGCCGCCUGAGGUAGCUGAAAUAGUAUAGAAUUAUGUUGCAGGCGGACUAGUCUUACGACCCUACGUAAUUGAUCUUUUCGAAACGAAAGCGCAUUUCGGAAUUUCGGUUUACAUUUCAUGAGUUAGCCCACCUACCGUACACGUGAAUUUAUUUGAAGUGAUGCGGACUUGCAUUGCACCUCUCUCAAUCGGCAGCCUUCGUACCCAUGGUCUAAAAGGUUAUGUGAUAAGGUGGCAGUUCAUUCAGUGAAAUGAGAAAUUCAUUUGCCUGGCGUUCUGGAUUCCUUCUCGAACCCCUGGUCAGAGGCGGCAAUGAAGAUGGAGGCGGGUGGGUCGCAGAAAUUAUAGACUGUCAUUACUGUUCAACCACAUACCUAUCCACAUUAGCUGUUCCUGAGACCAUCGCAGAUGGUGGUGCCUACCGUGAUGAGUGCUUGGGUGCCUGUGCUCGAGUAGCCAACUGUCCCAGUUUCGACACGAAAGUUUUGUAUUUGGAGAGCAACUGCAUUCUACUAAUACUGCGCUCCUUGUUACUGUCUGAGAUGAUGGGUUCAGUCGUAAGUCCCAGACGACAAACGACAAAAAUUACCGUUUCGGCAAAUGAGCCUCCUUCUAAUUUAACUGUUUUCCGGAACCCAUCUUUUUGUUUGCGACUGUUUACAACAAGCCGUAUCCGAGGUGAAUCGAUCGCACGCUCUCUUUCUCUCUCUCUCUCUCUCUCUCAUAUACAAGUGAUUUGUCCGAAUCAAAGCUGUAUCCGGAAGUCUUCUUUAGAGUCGCAACCGUUGCUGUUAGUGAAAAGUGAGCAAUAGAGGAUGAGGGAGUUUGAUUGGCAAAGACAAUGGUUUCCAAAACGUAAUCGUCCAUACUCCGUCCUUUAGCCUGGAUAGCGUUACUCAACUGCGAUUGAAAAUUUCUGAUCUCAGUCUAUGCGACAUGCGCUCGCAGACCGGUGAUGAGGUCACUGUUUGAUGGGCGACUGACUCAGUGCUGAACCACGGGCAUGCCAGUGCAUGAAUUUAGAGUAUCAUAAAUCUGAGCUCAUUAAUAAGUCAGAAAUGACCCCGGCAGUGUCCCUAAUUUUGCCAAAUGCUCUUUUCGGCUGUUUAUUGCAAACUGUAAUCCGAGUCCAGGUUGAAAGGGACCAGCCCGUGUUCCCUCCAGAAGGACACUCCACGCCACUCGCACCUGGUUCAUUAUGGUGCACUCUGGUGCUACAAUCAAGUUUGUUUUUUGAGUUCUGUCGGAUGUGCUUGAGGAUUCGGACUGCGGUCGUCUUAAACAACAUAUUAGUCCUUCCAAGGAUUUGGGGUCUGCUCUAGAAGCGAAAGAAUAUUCGUUUGCGGGAGACCAGUAUUCACAAAAGCCGGAUGUUGGCCUUCGUAGCGUUAAUGACCGAAGACCUAACCGUUCAGAUCUACCUAUUUGACCUCUUCUCAUGGCCAGAGUUCUGAGAUCGUAAAUGCCAUUAUACUUCCCUUCACACAUCGUAUCCGAUACCCAAUCACCACUGAAUUCGAAUUUUUACAAGGUGAGGCCUUCCCACUCCGAUUUUGUCUGGGCUUUUCUAGUCGCUGGAAAGUGGGUUUAAUAUCAGAAUGCCGCAGGUGAGUGGAUUUUGGGGAGGAAGACCUCUACCACUCUCUUCACUUUGCUGGAAGACAGACAUGCUUAUUUUCCAUUGCGUUUGCUCUGUAUGUUUUAAAACACAGUUAACGUGUCAGACCUCUGGUCCAGAGUGAGGUUGUUUGUAGCGGUCUCGACGGCUCUCAUUUUGCAUGUUUAUUUAAAAAAGACUGGUAUUUUGUGCGUCGAGGCUUGCACAUGGCUUGUCACUGAUACAUUGGUGUUUACUUCUUUCGGCUUAAAAUGUUUGACUGCAAAGUUGAGAGUUUUCAAGUCUGCUGUAUUUGAAUUUUAUAGUUCUCACUGCGCCUCUGUUUUUUGUCUAUGUCCAUACCUAUGACGUGCCAAAAAGCGACUAACAGCUAACCCAUCAAGGGUUUUCUCGAGAAUUUUAGAAGAUGAGUUUAUGGGGUGGGGUAGGUGGUUGUUAUAGUGAGGUCAGUCGGGCCACACUCCGUCGCAAUCAAAUGCGGAGUUUAGCGCGUACCUGAGAGCGUGCCUCUGAUGAUGGCGACAUGGGCGUCUGAGGGAAGCGGACACACGUUCAGUCAGCCGCCUUCAGUAGAUCGCUCGGCAGACCGCUGACCAGAGCACUCGGAGCGUCUUGCAUUGCGUCUAGCUCUUCCUAUAGACGGUGAGGUUACCACACGAAAUGGGCUCAUUCCUUUUUGUCCCAUCGGCUCUCAUCGAACGAGACAGAAUUUUAAAUGAGGAGUCUGCACGCUUUCGCACUACAAGAGAUUGAUGCAGAAGUUGUCAGUACGAACCCUAAGGCAGGGGGCAUUCAAGAAAAGCCCUCUGGCUGAAUGUUAACCCCCCGUAAGGACUUUCGUCUACUGUGAGAGCAGGCUGAUUCUACUGAAAUGUCAGGCUAGGCUGGGUUUGUUUGCUUAGCCCAGCCAGAGACGCCUGCCUGUGUCAUGUCUAUCCUUAUUGUAUGCCCCGCCCAGAUUCCCUGAAGAAUGCGUCUACUUUUAGACAGCUAAACACCUCCUCCUCCGGUGGUAGGCAGAGGCUGACAGGGUUGGGCGUUGACCUUCAAAUCGUCACAUAAUCCCGUCCUCAUGGAGGAAACUGAAGUCGGACACAGGUUGUGGUUGUCCUCAGUCACUCAGAAGCGCACUGCUGAGUGACUGAGUGCUUUCACUACGGCGUGGGGAAAUUGCUGUGUUAGUACUGCCCUCCCAUUGGUUAACGCGCAGUGGAACGCAGCAACUGCCUGGAAAGCAGGUUUAAAUUAAGACGCAACAGGACAUCAGGUGCCCUUAUGGAGAAAAUACUGCCCUCAGUGUCAAAAAAACACGAAUGAGGUAUUCUUAGAGUGGUAUAAAUAAAGUGAAGUGCUUGUGUGCGACUGUAAUAGAAAUUCAUUUUGACCCAACUGGGAACGACUCGGCGUCCCAGCGGGAUUCGAACCCGCGAUAGCAAGGGGAAGGUUUUAACGCAGCUAACGUUCUAGUCAUCUGAACUACAAAGCCUCACAGUGAGCCGUGAAUUUAAUAACAUUUGGGUCUAGCUACUCGCCCAGACUACUGCAGCGGAUGGAAUUCACCAAUUAUGAUACAGAUAGUUGAAUGCCUAGGCAUGACUUUCUAAGCGGUCAAUCCAGAAGCUAACAGAUCAGAUGAAUUGCUCAAGUAUGCCAGAAACAUUAAUUAAUUAAAUGAGGCCGGUAGUCAUCUGGUGGAUCCCGAAUUGAUUGCUUGGGAAAUCCUGCUUGACAGUCAGCUUACUAUAUCAGAAGUGGUGAAAUACAUACGCUGCAGUAGGCUGGGCGGGUAACUUGACCCGAGUGAGAUUAAACUCGCGUCUUCCGGUGGGGCCUCGUAGCUCAGGUGGCUAGAACGUUGGCUGUGCUUAAGCCUUGUCUUUCCUGUUGUGGGUUCGAAUCCCACCGAGGCUGUCGAGUUUCUCACACUUGGGCCAAAAGAGUUAUUCAAAUCUUCUGAAACAACAAUUAGCCAACAAGGUGCCAUGGGAGUCAUGCUAUCGAUAUAAUUGUAGCUUUAAAGUUAAAAACCAAAAUCUAGUAAAGAACGGAAUUUCCGUUAAGGUGCUUGUCAAAUAAUUAAACCCUGAGAUCCUGAAACUUCGAGACAUCCAGCUUGUUCAUAUAGCUAUUGAACAAACGCGACAGAAAAUAAAAAAAUUGUAAGGAAGUUCCAAUGCUUGCCACUUCGGGACGUCAUCACGGUAGGAAAACAUACUUUCUGGGAUACCAAUGUGCCGACGGAUCACCUGCACAAAUCCAUCUGGGAAAAAUAUACGUUUGGCGUCUACAGGUGUGAGGUGUUGAGGAAAUGCAAUUAUGGGUACAGGAAACAACGUAUAGCAAACUAAUUUCCCAUGAAUUUAGUUCGUACGCAGAGUGUGCACCUGAUGAAAAGGGGUAUUAAAGUUGUAUGGUGCGCGUAGCUGUUGGCGUAGCCUACUAUCCGCGCGUUAACAAAUACAGCAGCGGCUCGCAAAUCACCGGACCUAGCACAUAUCUACUGCGACAGGUUAAAACUAGUUUACGACAUCUCUAAAGAGCCACAGGGACUCGUAUGAAUUUGCUGUUUAGUAAUGCCAGCAGGAGUUGAAAGCGUCGUUUGCUUUUCAAAAUGAACGUGGAUUAGCGGGUCUUUUCAAAGCGGAUUUCCACCCCUUUUCCGGGCAAAAAAAUUGAGAAAUCUGCAGUUUCUUACUGACUAAGCACACAAGGUAAGUGUUGCGCGUUUCCUUUCUGGGAGAAGGGAUUCACUUUUUACAGAGUAAAAGUAAUUUAUGAUGAAUUAAGUUAUUUUCUAAGCAACUAUUUUUCACAGUUUUCACAAACUGGAAAAUUUGUUUAAAACGGAACUCGACGUCUUCUCUAGAUCAACAAAUCAAUAAAUGCGUGGUUUUACACAAAAGAGCUAUUAUAGAAUAUUUGAUUGUGUCAUUUGUAUUGCAUUUCUUCGAAUGCUGAGAAUAAAUUGCAAACUACAAACGUCUUAGGAAAUAAAUUCGUUUUGGGUGUGAUUUGCAUAGACAGUUGUAAGCAUUUUCAAAUAAAACUCGGAAUUAUCCUGGAUCGAUGCUCCCUAUUAAUUGGUAUUUCAAAAUUACGUAAACAAUGUUUUUUCAUGGCAGUACACUUAAAGAAUUCAGUCGCGUUUUCGGUAGUUUCUGUCCCUAUUUUAUGGGAUAAUUUGGUAUCCGUUCGAAUUUUCGUUGUUUACUCGUUGGAUAGAAUGUGCAUCGUAAGCAUUUUUGAAAAUUUCCCGUCACAAUAUCCAAAGAGCUUCACUGAGUGUCCACAAUGUGACUAUCGUCUGUGGAAUAGGACAGAAUUCAUCUGUUGUCAUUCCAACGGGUGUUGUCAUAUGCCCGCAAGAAAAUGUUGACUCAUACGAUGAACGAUGCUUACUCCGUAGAACUAAGUGGCGAAGCAAAUAUCCGGUAAAGUACAGUGAAUGACCGAUCUCAUGAAAUGUCAGCCGGAAUUCUGAAAAGAAAGAAUUACUUAGAUGGGGUUUUAGUAUUGAUAAUCAUGCGGAAUAAUCCCACAGUAUUUCGGACUCACCCGGACGUUGGUUUUUGGAUGUAUUUCUUUUUGACCUCCAGUGGAAAGCAGCAUCACUCCUUAUCUCUGUUAAUAAAAUUUAUAGAUUGUGGGAAAUCGGUCUUGGGUAAAGCAGGCCUAUAAAAUUUCCAGUGAGUGGCCGAUCUCGUGAGAUAUUAGCUGAAAUCCUGAAGUACGUCUUCGAUUAGGAAUGGUUACUUACUUACUAAUGCUGAUUAUCACACGGCAUAUUCAUAUAAUAUUUCGGACUCGCCAGGAUGUCGGCUUUUGAAUGCACUUUUUCAACCGCCUGUAGAAACUGCAUUCGGUAAGAAAGUGACUACUUAACUAUUAUGCAUUUUUCACACUUAUGUUCUAUGGCCUUACAAAUGCAAAUGUAUAUUUUGUAGAAAACAUGCGCAAAAAUAUGCUUUCCAUUACUCGUUUGGUAGCAAAUCACGUCGUCUUCGCAUUUUAUGCUCGAGGAACGAGUAUCUUUCGGCUUUAAAAUGUUUCUAGCGCGAGGUUUCGUUCUGCAGCCCCACUUCAUUGAUACCAUGUAAUCAUCAUCCUAAAACAAUUUGAGUAGAUGCGAGUACGCUGGCUUUACAAAUAUCACGUGUUUGCACCUUCCCUGUCAUUUUAAUCCAGCCAAUGACUGUGCCACGUGGGCAGGAGUGCUUAUACACCAUCCUCGUCUACAUCAGGUGUCAGCUCACUCACGCUUUCCUGCGCGUACUUAGAAUCCUCCUUGCGCCCUAGCCGUUAUGCAGCUUUUAAGGCCAUGCAAUGUCCAAUCAUACAGCAUUGUACCAGUCCGUUUACUAGUGCUCAUCUUAAAGUAUACAACACAGUCCGCAUCAUUGCAAAAAUUUAUGAACUCUACAUGAUAUUUUCUUAAAGGCAAAGAGGAAUAUAUGACUUUCCUUACGCGGAAAGUAUGCACCAAAUAGACCGAAAUCGCCGAAUGCCAACGUACUGGCUGGUCUAGCUCAAAAUUAUUCGGGAAUUGGAAAACUUCUUUAACCCCGAAAGAUACUCAUUUUUGCCGUAAUUGUAUCAUUUUUUCACCGUUUCCUGGGUGGCUUUUGUGACAAUUUUGAAUAUGCGUUCUCCUUCAGCAUACUUCGGGUUAACUUUGCCUCUUCUUAAGAGCAAUGUUUUGAACGAACUAUUCCGCCAAAGGGCGGACCCACGUUUUAUGUCCGGCUGAAGGGUGCAGACUGUUGACAAUCAUUUACUGUCUCUGCAGGUACUGGAGGCAUUCGUUGAUAUAUUUUUAGUGUAGGACACAAAUGAACAUCCCCACUUUGUGUUGGAACUCCGGUCCAAGAGAUCAGGUAGAUUAAUAUUGAUAAGUAAGCUAGCCAUGGUCGUUUUAGUGCCGUCAUCUUUGUCGGUAUUGCUUGGCGUCCUUCCCGAUUGUCUGUCGAGUCUGAUGCAUAAUUAAACGGUCAGGAAUUAGGUCAUCCCUUCCUUAUGGAUCUGAAGGAUGAUUCUGGUUGGCAGAUACGCUCGCAGUAGCCAGGCUUUUAAUGCGCCAAUGCAGAAUUAGCCUAAGCAUUCCUAAUCUUAGCUGAUUUUUUCAAAUGACUACGCAAACGCUUGUACCCACAGGACAACCUGUAUUAAUUGAAGCCUGUCCACGAAACCAGUCACUUUUGUCUAUUCUUACGCGGACACAUUACCGGUAACAAAAAACCCAUUCUAUGCCACCUUCGCGAGGGCCUUCAUUGUCUGACCUUGUUCGGAAUACGCUAAGCCCGCAUUGGGGCGUUCUCAAUUCAUUGAUUGGCCCAUGGCAAAUUUGAAUUCCCCAAUCGGGGACGAGGGCGUGACCGCCAUAUGCAUGCGCCUUCCUCACGCCGCAUUCAGCAACACACCCGCCCUGUCUCUGACCCUGCCUCAUAAGACAGACAGAAGGCGUAGAACAGGGUGUGCGCACAACCGUCUUAACCUAUCACUCAAGCACGUUUCGUCUCUCCCCCCUCCCCCUGUGGCUCUAGCAGUGCGUACCGGAUCGAAAACCGCACCUUCAAAGUGUGCCACGGCGACUGGUCGUUACGUGAACCCCGGUGACCUUCAGCGCGCCGAAGAUUUCAGCAUCUCAAACAGCACGGUCAGGAGGGCUGCGGCUGAGGCAGACGGUUCGGCGUCAACGAGUACGCAUCCUGUGCACAUCGGACUUGCCGCUAUGACAGCAUCCGAGGACGAAAAUUCGUCCAACUUGGACUCCUUGGAGAGUACAAACGCCGAUGGCGGCCCUGCCUGUCCCUGGCUCCAUCCAGUUGACGGUUUCAUAGACACAAGCAGAAACAACUUCGAGGAUUGUCCGUUUGAAUCCGGUGAUGAGGGACAGAGGGCUAGUAGACUCUGGACUCACCCAAAACAAAUUGCUGCCCAGUCCUCUCCCUUUUUUCUUCCGAAAAAGGGUCUGGGUUUGUCAAAUGGGUAAGUGAAUGUUACGCUUUUUUAUUGGUCGUCUAGUCAUUAUUGCGACUUUAAAAUUGUGAUAAAAACAAAUGUGCCUAUUGUUAAUCUUUUAUAAAAUAAUGAAGGAACUUUAAAAAAAAACGUUUAAAGUGCCAGUGGCGCUUUAAAUGAGAAAAUGUUACUCAAAGUUUCUUAGUCAUUUUUGGGCGGAGAAAUGUGAUCUCCACUGCCUUCACUGAGAUUUACAUAGUGGUUUUAUGUUGACCAGUUUACUCCGCUUUCAAUAUUUCUUUCCUAAUAUAAUUAAUAUCCAUAAAAUAUAUGUAUUAUAAUCGUUCCACCGUUAAUUAUCUCAAAAAAUCAUGUAAUGGAUCGUCCUUGGUUUUCGGUGCUCAUAAAUACCUGCAAGUCGAGUGAAAGAAACGGUUUUUUGCAAUAUCAUGCUCGAAUUUAAAUAUGAACAGACAAAACUGCGCGCAAGCGCACGCACACAGUGUGCAUCACAAUAAACGACAAUAUUUCUCACCUUACUAUACACACACGAAAAUCACAAAGUGCAUAGCAACUCACGGUGGAUCUAGCCUCUUCACAAAGUGACGCAUUAUAUCUUGCAACAAUUGUCAAUUAAUCUAGCUAACAUUUCUAGAACUAAAAGUCAUUUUACUCAGGUUACAAAAGGUGCAUAUUUAGCUGCAUACUUCGUAAAGUUGUCUAAAGCAGUUGCAAAUAUAAUUACAAAUCCAGUCAGUUAUAAGCUGAAACCCCCCACGGCGCCAUUUUAAAGCAAUGUGCUUUAUGGCCGCUGGCUAAGCCGUGAUGCAAAUGAGAUGUGUUCCAUUUGUUGACAGUUUUAGCUGGAAGGUCACGAGUCUGUGAGGCGUUGUGUUAAUUUUGGAGGAGGGAUCGGCCAAAGGGGAAAGAAAUAUACAAGCUGAUGCCAUUUAUAUGAUCGAAACGUUCCCAAAUUUACAAAACUUCACCUGUCAUCCUGUCUAACUAAACUGCCUUCCUGUGAGUCAGAGGUUCUGACUACUGUUGAUUCUCGGCCCUAGUUUUGAAAUUUUGAUGUUAAGUCGGCAAAUGCCAAAAUUACAAAGAAACACCGCUUGUUUACGAAAUAUCAGUCCGAAUGUGAAGUGCCUCGAUUUUCUGAAGCACCUUAGAUGCAGGAAGGUAGAAUCUUCUUCAGCGGUAGUUCACUAAUCUGUCCUAGCUUACCGGCCAAGAGUUCAUCCGCUCAACGGCCAAACCAAUUUUUUAUGUCCCUUGCUACUUUGCUUGAUGAUCAACAUGUUGUAACUCUUAAGAUACGGUUUCAGUAAUACCCGCGAGUACAAAAUGUCCUGAUUUAAAGGCACACGCGCCAAAUAUCCCAACUAUAGCAUUUUGCCUACAGAGAUGCGUACUGCCUGUGUGCCAACGUUUGGUAGGAAGGCACAUACUGGAAAGGACAUCUCUGACCGUGGAGAGCCUGGCUGAACACUUUUGGCACUUAUUUACAUGUCCGUCUUUAGUUUGCGUCCAUGUGGCCACAUGUCUACAUCGGAACUAGAGUUGAUAUACUGCAACUUGGCAGCAUGGCCAAAAUCGCAGCGCAGAAUAUGAAGAUUGGAGGUCAUUUCGCUUGCUAAUUGAAUGCGGGCCGGAGAAAGUUCAGAGUGUGGCCGAAUCGCGUCGAAUGGGCCGCGAUCUGGUAGCUAGUGUCAUCCUUCCUCACUGCUGCUGCUGCAUGUUCGGCCAUUCGCGUUCGGAGUAGUCCUCCACCUUCUCCGACGUAGUCGUUCUGUUCGUAGCUGCACCAGAUCCGGUAGACGACUCCGUACCUUUCCUGCCGCGGCAGUGGGUUUUCUGGCCGCCCGAUGGUUGCCUCCAGUCUGUGUGUGUGCAACGCCAACUUCAAGUGGUGUGGACAGACGGCUGACUGUUUCUAAAACCUUCUUCACGUACGGCAGUGCUCGACAAAGUUGUCUUUAAUCGAUACGGCAGGUAGAAGAAGUGACAUAAGGGCACCUUGAAGGCCUCGGAUUCAGUCAGGACGCAUGGAAAGUCUUGUUGAAGAUUAGCAGCAGCCGUGGCGGUUGCUAUAAGAAAUAGAGCUGCAACCUUCCAAGAAAAGUAAGGACAGGAGGCCAAAGUUAAUCGACUGAAACGCAAGAGUGAAGUAUUGACAGACAGCAAUGUAAUCGACCAACACCUUCCCAUGUGCUCUACCUUCAAGUACACACUGCGAACCACAUUCUACAACAUCCACACUCGAGUAGCUACGUGAAAUCAACCCGCGUAAUUCAAUCCACCAAAUGAUUAAUCACACACCCUUCUACCCUCCCGCCACCGACAUUGUGACUCCGAAGCGGGACGUACUGUGGGUAGGGCAGCCAUUCGCACCUACUUCAUGUUCGUCUGCUUAGUUCAAAAGAAUGACCAACACACAGUCAACAGGCGCUUAUUCAGUUGGCUUCGUUAGCUUAGAGUUACACCCACGUAUAAGCUUGUGUGAACUUCCAGGCGAAAAAUUGCAGUUUUCAUUUAAAGUAAACCAUCCGAGUGCGCUUUUACCAAAAGAACAUUAAUCAUGCAUAAAAAAGUGAUUUGCCCACGUGUCAAUUUUUUCAAGACACGGAAUCUCCGGACACGGUGAUCAAAAGUCUCUGUUGGUUUCACAUUGCGGUAGAAGUAACCUUUGAGUCAAAGUGCACAAAUAACGUUCCCUUGGUCUUUGGGCAUGUACACAUACCCUACGGGAAACCAGAACCUCGGAUGAAGGCCUUGCAGGGAUCCGAAAAGUCCCGAUAUCCUUCAGCGAGCUAAUUGCAUAAAAGCGUCAUUGGGAUUCUAAUGUAACCGUUUUGGCCUGAUGAAGAGUUACUGAAAACACGUGUUCGCCAAUUUGACCUUUCAAUUGUAACAUGGGAAUAUUCGCUGAACUUAGACAAUCCAAAGAUCCCUCGGUGUUAAAGGAACUCAAUAAAUUCCUAAAGUUUGACACCAGACUUGCGGAGGCACAUGUGACGAGAAAAUUCUUAUCAGGAUGUAUUGACAAGGGUGAAUAUCCGAAAAUCUACUGGAAAACCUUACGAAGGAAUCACAUUGCCACUACCCCAGCCGCACUUAGACGACAUGCAGAAAGUCACCUGGAGACUAUUAACGCCGGAAUUGAGGAACUCCAACGGAAUCUGUGCCAGAGAACGGCGGCCCUGGACCGUCUUGAAAAUUGCGAGAGACUGGCGUUCGAAAACUACGUGCAAACUGUCAGAAGUAAAAGAAUCGAGGCGAGGUGGACUAAGCUCCUUCGAAGUGUCCAACCAGUGAAGGCUCAAACGGCCCUUCCGAAUAAUCCGGAACGGUACGUUCAUAACUAUUCCUCAGUACAGCUUGACAAAACUCUCAUAGAGGUACUGUCUCUUGGUCCUAGGUUUUGCAAUGCACGGCGGAUGCCGAAGCAGCUAGAGUUAGAAGUCCAAUUCGAAAGUCUAUUCAGUCAGACUGCCGAUCUUAAACCUAGCGGGCCUAGAGAAGUAGACUAUCUGAAGUCGACUAUGGUUAAUUUCUGUCAACAGUACUUAAGAAAGGCUCCAAAAAACAAAGGUCCCUUAACAAGGGCCCAUCUCGAUAGCCUCAGAGAACUUCGUAAAAACGAAAACAUUGUGCUAACCAGGCCGGAUAAGGGUUCAGGAGUUGUACUGAUGGAUAGAAAAGAGUACAUAGAAAAACUAGAAGCAAUCUUGUCGGAUCGUACCAAAUUCUCGAAAUCCGAGAAAGACAGGGACCGCACCGAGGCCGUUGAAGGGCAACUGACGGCGGUCCUCAAAGUUCUCCACAAAGAAGGUCAUUUAUCUGACAAAGAAUAUGAGCGACUAAGACCAGUGGGCACGGCCAUACCCAGAAUGUACGGCCUUCCAAAAAUUCACAAACACGGACUACCCCUACGUCCGAUCAUGGAUAUGAGGGAUUCGCCCUAUCACACCAUAGCAAAGUGGCUAGUCGAAAAGCUUAAACCGCUGCAAAGUCAUUUGUAUCCCCUAAGUCUGAAGGACACCUUCGAGUUUGUCGAGGCGAUAAAGGAUAUUAACGUUGACGGACGGAGGAUGCUAUCUUUAGACGUAGCAUCAUUGUUUACUAAUGUACCCGUAGCCGAAACAAUAAACUACCUUUGUGACGUUAUCCGCGACGCGAACUACCCGUUAGGCAUGCCGUUGGAGACGCUAAAAGAGCUUCUGACACGGUGCACGCAAAACGUCCAGUUUCUCUGCAAUGGUCAACUGUACAGGCAAAUAGACGGCGUAGCGAUGGGCUCACCGCUCGGCCCAUUCCUCGCAAAUGUCUUCAUGGGCAAAGUCGAGAUGACAAGUUUACAAGACACCAUUAAUGACCUCAGCUUCUACGGUCGGUACGUGGACGAUAUUUUCUGCCUGACGGAUGUUACCACCGACACAGACGUCCUGAUUCAAAAAUUUAACAAUUCACACCCCUCGCUAACGUUCUCUGCAGAGUUUGAGGCAAACAAUGAAAUCGCGUUCCUCGACGUUCUUCUGCACAGACAAGAGGAUGGGUCUAUCCAACGUAGAGUAUUCCGAAAGAAAACCUGGACGGGACAAUACAUUAACUUUCACAGUUUUGUUCCCCUCAACAUCAAACGAAAUCUAGUCCAGGGAUUGGCAGCUAGAGUGCGACGUAUCUGCUCUCCUGAGACUGUGGAGGCAGAACUCCAGCAGCUGCAGGAUACACUCCACGAAAACGGAUACCCAGAAAGAUUUAUCCUUCGAAAUAUAGGGGAGCGCACUGCAAAGCCUACCAUGGCAACUGCAGAAAAGAAGGACUUAUUUAUACGAUUGCCUUUUCAAGGAGACACAGCAAGUGAACUGGUAAAAAGACGUCUGAAGACAGCGAUCACUAACGCUUUCCCCGCGGCGAACUUACGUGUGUGUUUCACUAACUCUCCCCUCCUACGCUUGGGAGGUAAAGACCGACUCCCGUUGCAGGCCACAUCAAUGUGUAUUUAUUCAUUCACUUGCUCCUGUGGAGCGGGCUACAUCGGCCGUACAACGAGGCGUUUGGAAAAGAGAGUACGUGAACACAUACCGGCCUGGCUAGGCAAAGGUGAGAAGAAAUCGAUCUCGAGUUCUAUUCUCGCACAUCUUGUCGAUACGAAUCACCGAGUCGAUGCCAAAGAAGCCUUUCAGAUUGUCUACCGGACACCAGCAGGCUUCUCCAAAGGCCUACGCCAACGGGUGCUAGCUACAGCUGAGGCAGUGGCUAUACGGCUAGCCAAUCCAGUGCUAUGCUGUCAGAAGACUCUGACACAGGCGCUCUGUCUUCCGUGGCCGACGCCGACCACAACGUCGCUCCAACCUCCUGAUGCCAGGGUGGGUGCACAAGGUACACGACGCACUCACAGCCUAUGCCCCCCCUCCUCCUCGCCCCCCGAACCCAAUUACCACGACACGCCGACCACGCCAUAG